AAUGAUCGUGGCGGAGGUCGGACGUGUCUGUACCUCAGUGUGAUGAAAUUGUCUGUAUUAAUUUUUUUUAAAAAUACUUUCCAGCCUGUAUUAGUGUAUUAAACACUUUCAGGAGUCACUGUUAUAUAGUUUACGUCAAAAUUGUUCUUGUCAAUGGAUUCCUAACGCAAUAUUGUUAAAAAUGAAUGAAAUCCAAAGCAGGAAAGUACGGCAGUUGAGGAUUACACUGUAAGGUGACUUGUAAUCACUUCUGUGGAAAGUGGUUGAACCGCGUGGUGCGGUGGCGGUGGUACGUCUGUGUUAGUUGUCUGUUUGAUUCAAGAAAAGAUGACCCAUAAAAAACGACCAAAGGAAAGAGAGAACUAGCUCCGACAAUAGUUUGUUGAGAACUUCCACUCUAAACACCACUGAGUACCAAGGAAGAGAAGAGUGACAGUGUGAAAGGGUAGAUAACGUGACUCAAAAAAGUAAACGUCAGUCUCGCGACCGACAGACCCUACUCAUAUAGAAACCUUUCCCACUACAACAAAUGUAAGCAACGAAAUAGUGAGCCGACCUACAAAAAGCGGCUGAAGUGUUGAGGCAACAAAUUCAAUGACAACAUACGCUAACAAAGCAUAUCGACAGCAAAAACGAGCAUUUUUCAACUUAAAAAAGAAAAUGAUGAACUUAAAAAAAUGCUUUAGGAACACUUCAGCAUCAAAUCUAAGAAUUAAGAGAAGAAAAUGCUGGCUUAAGCACCCGUACAAAUGAACAGAAAGAAGAUAAAUUUGCUUGAGCAAUACUCUCAAAGAGUACCUAUAACUUUAUCUUACUUUGAUGUACCUGGAUUGCACUUAUUCAAUGCUCUUUUAAAGCACACACACAUACGCUUACUCACAUAGACACACACAUAUCUGCUGUCCUUAGGAAUGGCUUACUAGGGUUUUGGGACUUGGGAGAGUUUUGUGCCAUCUCACCUUGUAAGUUUAUAGGUUAUUUACUUAGAAUCUUCUUUGAUGAUCUGCUUUACUUGUCCUGAGAUUUUUUUUUAAUUAUUAUUUUAUUUCUUUAUUUUAAGAAGAUGCAUACUUGACCUUGUAAAGGCUCGCAUGUUAUAAAGUCAACCCGCAAGCUUUAAACAAACAAGAACAUUGUCAAAAAAAAUGCAGUAAAAACUGGGGAAAAUUUUUUGUAUCUUGUCAGUUUGUGGCAGAGCCCCCAAUAUAUCCAAAGAGAGUCUGGUUACACUCGGAGAUGUGGGAUAUAUAAUUAGAGCCAGAUAUAAGGUAGAGUAACUUAAUACAUAAAGUAAAAAUCUAAACCCAUAAAAACUAAGCAUAAAACAUACACAUGCCAGCUUUAUAAAGACAAGAUUCUAAAAGGAAAAUCUAUAACAGGCUAAAGGUCAUUGAUUUCUGUCAGAUGAUGAGAUGCAUUCUAGAUAUGUCAGUAUAACUGUAAGAGUGAAAGUUCAUAUUCCCCCGAUGAUGACAAACAGUAUAGGAUUUUCAUUAAGAGAAAUUUUGCACCUCACCAGCGAUAAUAUUCAGUGUGAGGAAAAUGACCCAUUGAAAAAAAUAGCUGAUAGGAUAUUUUGAGUUAGGGUAGCACAUUAGACCAUAAAGGCGUGCCUUAGGUCACUGUAUUUUGUUGUAGUAAGAAAGAACACUUACUGUGUGCGAGUGAUGUAGUCAUAUACUUAAAGAAUUAAAGUAACUUAUACAAACAAAAGAAUAACGUUUGUCUUUGUAGUCAUAAAGACAUAAUGAACAGUUGUAUGUGUAUUCAUAAUUAUACAUUUGUUUUCAUUUGCAGUUUUGGAUGCAGAAAAAUGGUACCUGAUGAUAAAGUGGAGCUGGACCUUUCAACAUAUGAAUUACUUGAAUUUGAAGUUGAAAGUUUUUCAGAAAUUAAUGGCAAUGAAAGAAUUCAGUUCAUAUCUCACAAGUGCUAUGGACGGGGAAAAUCACUUGAAGAUCUUACAGUACCACGGAUGCCUUUUGUCUGUCAGAAUCAGAAGGAGGACAAACAUAUGAUGUCAGCUAGUGUGAGUGAGUCUCGUCAUUCACAAAGACAUACUUUUAAAGGAAGAGGAAGAGGAAGGGCACGGCUUCUGCAGGAACAGGUGAAGCAUAUGUCAUCUGUGCCAGGACAUCAAUCAAACUCUUUUAAAUAUAUUGCUUCGAACCACAUACCUACAAGUUUGGAAGGAGGUUACUCCAUGGUUGUCCAAAAUACUGACGAGUCUUAUCCCACUCUGACAGAUUCUUCAUGCUCACAACAACUGAAAGUGACUUCUGAGACUUGCUCAGAGUUUUCUCCUUUGAAUAUUUCUCAUAUAAGUACAAAUCAUGAUGGAAAAUGUGAUAAAGAGGCUGGUAAAGCAAAAAAGAAAAAAAUUAAAUACAGAACUCUAACUAGUUUCAUAACUGAAGCAUGCAGUGAAACAAAGCCUCAGCUUAAGUACCUGGAGAGAAAUAACUAUGCUGAUGUGAACCAUAAACCAGAUUCUGGUGGUAGACAUUCAGUACUACAGCCAUCUUUACAUGAGACAUCUUUUUUGGAUUCAGAUUACUGUGGCUCUAACCAUCAACUACCCACAACUUUUACUCAUUAUGUUGCAAAAGAUUUAUCAAAGGAAGAGGUAUCCUAUGAUACCUCUUUUGACAGUUUAGGUUUACAGAAUGAAGAAAAUGGAGAACAUGUUGAUGAAGAUGUCAGUUGUUUAGAUGCUAUGGAAAAGAGCAUGACAUGUGAUGGAUCAGAUGCAAAACAUGUUUUAGAAAACAUUUCUGUGGUUUACACCACCACUAGUACAAUGUGUGAGAAGAGUAAUGAAUGUUGUGCAAUAGACAAUUCUUCUCAAAAGCUUUUGACAAGUGCUGAAGGAGAUACAACAAUUGAAGACCUUGAAGAUGUCAAGCAUCCAUCCGAAAAUAACGAUAAGGUAGCAAAAAACAGACCAGUAGUCAUGAAUGAAGAAAAUAGAGAACAUGCUGAUGAAGAAGGUAUAACGGAAAAGAGAAUAACAUGUGAUGGAUCAGAUGCAAAACAUGUUUCAGAAAAGAUUUCUGUGGCUUACACCACCACCAGUACAAUAUGUGAGAAGAUUAAUGAAUGUUGUGCAAUAGACAAUUCUUCUCAAAAGCUUUUGACAAGUGCUGAAGGAGAUACAACAAUUGAAGACCUUGAAGAUGUCAAGCAUCCAUCCGAAAAUAACGAUAAGGUAGCAAGAAACGGACCAGUAGUCAUGAAUGAAGAAAAUAGAGAACAUGCUGAUGAAGAAGGUAUAAUGGAAAAAAGAAUAUCAUGUGAUGGAUCAGAUGCUAAAAACCUUUCAGAAAGCAUUUCUGCGGAUUACACCACCACCAGUACAAUGUGUGAGCAGAUUCAUGAAUGUUUUAUGGUAGACAACUCUUCUCAAAAACUUUCCACAACUGCUAAAAGAGAAGAAACAAUUAAAGACCUUGAGGAUGUCAAUCAUCCAUCUAAAAAUAGGAAUAAGGGGAUAAUAAACGAGCCAGUAACCAAGAAACUGUACAGUUCAUGGAAGCUUGAAGGUUCAGAUGUGAUUCAAAUAGACAAUGUGCCAAAGAAAUGUGGCAAGGAAUUGGAAACUCUUGUUGCAAGCUUUGCUACCAUCUUGACUUCCAUGAAAAAAGCAAAGAAAGGGACUAAUUCUUUUCGUUUCAAACUGAACUCCAAAGAAGCUUGUGAUUGGACUGUGUCUUGUCUACAUAAAGCGGAAAUAUUUCCAGACACUGUGCUGAACUGUUACCUUGUGGAAGAAGAAUUGCCUAACACAGAGCUUUGAGCUGCUAAUGCAUUUGAGAAUAAGUGCUUUGGGCAGCUGUGAUGAAAAAAAAUCUAUUACAAAGUAUAUCAAGAUCUAAAAUUAUUUCAUUGAUUAGAAAGAUUGAUUUGUGAAAAGUUAAAAUGUCAGUUUUGCUUUUACAGUAUUUCAAAACCAAGUUUAUAGUGUAUUUGUAUUUUUUCCUUGCUUUAAUUUGAAUGUGAAAAGUCUUAGCUUGUUAAUUUUUGAAAGAUACUUAAUAUUUUUUAAAAAUAUCAAAUAUUUGAAAAAUAGGGUUAUCAGCUUGUUGUCUUUUAAACACUUGAAUCUUUUAAGCAUGAAAAAUUUGAAUUUCAAGAGUGAGGGAGUGAGUCUUUGUGGACAGAUAAGCAGUUAGCAGAGAGAAAAAGUAUUUAGUUUUACCUAAUUUUCUUACUUAUGGGUUGUCUUUUAAAUUUUAAGUUAUAUUUUAAAUCUGGAUUAUUUUUUUAUAUUUAAAAUAUGUUGAGAGAUAAUUGUGAUGUUCCUAUAAUGCUUUAAUAAAUCAGACUUCCGUUGUGUUUC